AUGCCGGGGGGGGCAGAAGCGGCAGGUGAUCCGGGAUUCACGGCAGCGACCAGCGCUGCUGCCGCCACGUCACGCGUAGAUUCGUCACCGGAAGGCGCCACGCAAGCCACGUGGACAUACCGAUCGAAUCCGUUCAUUCGGCGUGACGUGGCGGAGAUCGUGGUGGUGCGGCACGGCGAGACGACGUGGAAUCGCGAGAACCGCAUGCAGGGACAGACGGAGUCCGACCUCAGCGACGUCGGCCUUCUCCAAGCCUCCAUGCCCGCUCGUUACAUGCCCAUUCACUACAUGCUCGUUCUCCACCGUUUGGCACGCCGCCCGUCUUCCCCCCGCACUUCCUUCCCCUCAUUCAGGCUCCCAUCCGCUCCUUCCCCUCUUCAUCCCACCUCCUCGCUCCUUCCUCCCCUCUCCAUGCCUUACCUAUGCCUUCUCCAUGCCCUCUCCGCCCGCCAGCUGGCAGCUCGCUUCGCCGGGGGUGACCUGCCAUUCACAGCGCUGUAUUCGUCGGACCUCAGGCGGGCGGCAGAGACGGCGGAGGGGGUGGCAGAGGCGGUGGGCAUGCGAGGAGAGCAGGUGGUGCGGCUGCCGGGGCUCAGAGAACGCAACUUGGGGGUUCUGGAGGGCCUCGUCCGGGAGGAAGCUUCUCGGAAGCACCCUGAGGCCUACGGCAUACUGACCUCAAAGGACUGGAGUCAACCCAUUCCUGUGUGCCACUCCUUUGCAGCCUCUUCUCCCCCUCUCCAUCAUCGUUUUUGUAUGUUGCCUGGCCGGCCCGCACUGUGCCUUCUCUACCCCUCUCACGCUGCAGUGGUUUGCUUGCGCUCUUGUUUCUGA